AUGAAAGCCAAGGCUCUUCGCGAACAACGUGAAGCAGAACUAGCUCGACUUUCGGACCCGACCAAGCCAUCUCGCUCCUCACAUCCAACCCAAGGAGUCAAACGCUCCCAUGGCACAAUGACCGCAGUCAAUCCACCCCCGCCCUCCAUACGAGAUGCUCGUACCAAUGCGCCCGCGUCAGACCGUCCACUCGACGAGAUUAGACCCGCCCGCAACUUUACUCGAUAUGUCGACUACGACUUCAGCAAAAUGACCGACACCAAGGGCGGGUUCCUGACUCAUGAGGACGAUCCGUUCAACAAAGCAUUAAAUGUCUUGGAUGAAAAAGAGGCUCAAAAGCCGUCAAAUAUGACGCAAAAAGAAUGGGAAAGGCAACAACUACUGGACUCCUUACGGCGGAAUCGUGAGGGGCCUUUCGAGCCAGGUUUGAGUGUCUUGGAUGAUAAAAGCAAGCAAAAAGUCUGCCGCGAGUGCGGCAGUCUGGAAAUUGACUGGAAAUGGGAGGAGAUGCUCCGAUGCUGUAUUUGCCAUUCUUGCAAAGAGAAGUACCCAGAGAAAUAUAGUCUGUUGACAAAAACCGAGGCAAAGGAGGACUAUCUUUUAACUGAUCCGGAACUGCGAGAUGAGGAACUUCUCCCUCGUCUCGAAAAGCCAAACCCACAUAAAGCAACAUGGAACAACAUGAUGUUAUAUCUUCGCUAUCAAGUCGAAGAAUACGCAUUCUCCGCGAAGAAAUGGGGCUCAUCUGAAGCACUGGAUGCAGAGUUCGAACGGCGGGAGAUCGAUAAAAAGAGACGACGAGAGGCAAAAUUCAAGACUAAACUACAGGACUUGAAAAAGCGAACUCGUGUUGAAGCCUACCGUCGCAAUCGACAGGGGGCUUCUGGUGGUGAAUUCGGCGAUGAUCUGAACAGGAAUCGGAAGCAUGUUCAUCAGUGGGGGCGUACUGUGGACAAUCCGGAGACCGGCAUUGGCGUGAAAACGUGUGUCGACUGCGGAAUGGAGGUGGAGGAACUGGAAUUUUAA